GAAAUAUGGCCUUUAUUUUAUGGUUACACAAAUAAUUGAAUAUACACUUAACCAUAUUUUUAACUAGUUAUCCACUACAGUUAGUGCAGUUACGUGUCUAGAAUAUCUGGAAAACCUGAAAACAUAUUGUAACAUAUAAAGCGCGUCUAAAAAAUCAUUGGGUUUUUAUGCUUGUUCGUUAAGAGGAUAUUGGACACUAGCAAAUGGCGGAGUCAUUAAGUUUGCAGAGAGAUAUUAAUAGAGUGUUGGAGUUGUUGGAAAUACUUCAGAGAUGUCCUGAAAUACAACCGUCAAAGUUGGCAGCCCUACAGCGCAUACUGCAGUCAGACUUUUGCGACAUGAUUCGUGAAGUUUAUGAGCAUAUAUAUACAACUGUUGAUAUUAAUGGGUCGGAAGAAGUGAAAGCAAGUGCAACAGCCAAAGCUACUGUCGCAGCUUUGGCUGCAAGUGAAGGACACGCUCAUCCACGUGUCAUAGAACUACCAAAAACUAAUGAAGGUCUAGGUUUCAAUGUUAUGGGUGGUAAAGAACAAAAUUCACCUAUUUACAUAAGUCGAAUUAUUCCUGGUGGUGUUGCAGAUCGUCAUGGUGGUUUAAAACGUGGUGAUCAAUUGCUAUCAGUAAAUGGGAUUUCUGUGGAGAGUGAACAUCAUGAAAGAGCUGUUGAACUUUUGAAAUUAGCACAAGGUACUGUGAAACUUGUAGUAAGAUAUACACCACGUAUUCUUGAAGAGAUGGAAGCACGUUUUGACAAGCAAAAAGCUCGACGUCGGCAACUUAGUUAAUACAAAUUUGGAGGUGUGUAUGCAUAAUGCUGUGCUGUAUCACUCACUAGAUUAUUUAGACUAACAGUACAGGUUGAGUUGUCCAAUAACUUUCUUCAAAUAGUUUGUUUUUUUCAACUCUGUCUUUCUAUUCUAACUUGUUACAUUCUCAUUAGGAUUUGUAUAUAAUUUGUUGUUAAUAUUAGUUUUUGAUCAUUUUGUUGAUUUUCAAUUUUUCAUUAUACUCUGUUUUAACAUGCUGUAGUCAUUUAGACAAAAUAUUUAAUUCUUACGUAACAAUGAUUUCGAUGACUUUAAAAUAGAAUAUUUGUCAAACUAUAAUUCAGUCAUUAAUCAUUUAUUUAUUUAUGAAAUUACAACUUAAGUUAUUGAAGUAGGCUUGUAAGCAUGAUCACUUGGUUUUUGAUAACUUAUGUUGACUGGUUAUUGCUUCUAAAUGUCUCUUAUUAAAAUGUAAUUAUGCGAAUUUCAUGGAUUAUGCUGAGACAUGUACAUGUAUGAUAUAUGAUCACUUCAGCUGUGAGGAAAUAACAAUGGUAGA